AUGACAUCUGAAACCCAAGAGAAAAGCUACCCAUAUCUUAUUCUUGCUAAAACCCCCCAAUACCGUGGAGGCACUGUGGGUUGGGGUGUUAUUUUGUCAACAUGGGUAGUUUUAUACUUUUGGUGUGUUUGUAAAUUAAUGGAUGGCCUCAUUGAAUGGUUUUCAUACGAUUUCUCUUAUAAUAAAUUGCAAUUGACCGUAUCUUUAAUAAGUACCACUCUAGCUAGCGUGAAAGACAGUGCUAUCGAGUUUGCAUCCGGAAAAUACUAUGCUUACUGCGCUCUUGGUGGAGUUCUUUCUUGUGGACUCACUCACACAGCCAUCGCACCUCUUGACUUGAUAAAAUGUCGUAUCCAGGUUAAUCCCGAGAAGUAUAAGGGUAUUGUAUCAGGAUUCAAAACCACAGUUGCUGAAGAAGGAGUUCGCGCUCUUUCCAAGGGGUGGUCUCCAACUUUGAUCGGAUAUUCACUUCAAGGAUUCGGAAAGUUCGGAUUCUAUGAAAUUUUCAAGAACGUCUAUGCUGACGCUAUUGGAGCUGAGAAUGCUUACCUUUACCGUACUGCUCUUUACUUGACCGCUUCUGCUUCCGCAGAAUUCUUUGCUGAUAUCCUUCUCGCUCCUAUGGAGGCUACUAAGGUCCGCGUUCAAACUGCUGUUGGAGUUCCACCAACUCUUAGAGGUUGUGCACCAUUGAUCUACAGAACUGAAGGACUUGCCGGAUUUUUCAAGGGACUUCCUCCUCUCUGGAUGAGACAAAUUCCAUACACUAUGAUGAAGUUCGCCUGCUUCGAGAGAACUGUCGAACUUUUGUACCAAUAUGUUGUGCCUAAACCUCUCGGAGAAUGCACCGAAGGGGAGCAAUUGGUUGUUACAUUCGUUGCUGGAUAUAUUGCUGGAGUUUUCUGCGCUGUUGUUUCUCACCCAGCCGACACACUUGUCUCUAAACUGAAUCAGGAUUCUGAAGCUUCAGUCGGCGAUAUUAUGAAGAAGAUCGGGUUUAGCGGUUUAUGGAAAGGUUUAGUACCUCGUAUUAUCAUGAUCGGUACACUCACUGCACUCCAAUGGUUUAUCUAUGAUUCUGUGAAAGUCGCUCUCAAUUUACCCCGUCCACCACCACCAGAGAUGCCAGAGAGCUUGAAAUCUAGGCUGGGGAUUGCAAUAAAAAUCUGA